AUGGUUGACAUCGACCUAUUUCGAGAAAAUCCGGAGAUAAUCCGAGCAUCGCAGCGACGGAGAUUCGCAAGCGUUGAUCUCGUUGAUGAGAUAAUUAAGCUUGACAAAGAAUGGCGUCAAGGUAAAUAUGAAUCAGAUGGUAUCCGAAAAGACUUCAACAAGCUAAACAAGGAAGUGGCCAAGCUCAAAACUAUUAUCAAACAACGCUCCACCGAGAAAGAGGCAACAGUUGGUGAAGUUUUUGCUGCUUUGGAAGCCAAAUUGGAGUUAGUUCCAUUUCCGUUGCUCUCUUUCUUUCAAGUUUGGGGUGAUCAAACACGGGCUGCUUUACUUAACCAUGUGGAUCUCGUUGACCGUCUCCAUUAUUUAGAUACCGAGGGAGGUGUUAAAGUUGCUGGAGCAAGAGCCUUUUUUCUAGGAGGAGAUGGUGCACUCCUUAAACGAGGUCUUACCAACUUUGCGCUAAACUUGUUGAGAAAGAAAGGAUACAGAGAAGAGCAUCCUCCUUUGUUCAUGAACAAGGCUGUCAUGGCCAAGUGCGCGCAGCUGUCGCAGUUUGAUGAAGAACUUUACAAGGUGACUGGUGAAGGAGAUGACAAAUACCUUAUUGCAACUUCUGAGCAACCUCUUUGUGCACGCCAUCAAGAUAAAUGUAUCCAUCCGACCAAGCUUCCGAUAAGGUAUAUACAUGGACGGAGUGACGUUUUUGCCUUUCAAAGAUGCGCAACCUCACGUGAAAGGAGGCUAAGCCCUUAG